CAGGUCGGGGCCAGAAGGAGAGGCUGGGCGCCGCCAUGACGGGUUGGGCCUAAAGGGAACGGGGCUGCCUGUCUGCUCUGCGAGCGAAAAGUACGAGGCAAGGAGGGCUGGGCUGGGCGCCGCCAUGACAACCUGAUACCGGAAAAGGCGGGGCUAUCCUGCCUCAUUGAUCCUCCUCCGGCGUCGGCCACGGGAUGCAGGCGGCUCUGGAGAUCACUGCUCGCUACUGUGGCCAGGAGCUGGAGCAGUAUGGCCAGUGUGUGGCAGCCAAGCCUGAGUCAUGGCAACGAGACUGUCACCACCUCAAGAUGAGCAUUGCUCAGUGCACAUCUGCCCACCCAAUCAUCCGUCGGAUCCGCCAGGCCUGUGCGGAGCCUUUUGAGGCUUUUGAGGAAUGUCUUCGACAGAACGAGGCAGCCGUGAGCAACUGUGCAGAACAUGUGCGCCGCUUCCUGCAGUGCGCUGAGCAGGUGCAGCCGACACACACACCAUCGACUGUGGAGGCACAGCCACUUCCUGCCUCCUGAGGACCCUUUGGACUGUAGGAAGACUGGACAUGAGUGACCGGCCACUUGAUGACCCCGCCUCUGAAGAAUGGCCAGGUGGAGUCCUGAGAGCUGUGGACAUGGGCCUGGCUUCCCUGGACAUCAAAGCUCACGAUAAAUAAAGAUUGUAU